AUGAAGUUCCUCGCUACCGUCGUCCUCUUCGCUGCCACCUCCAUGGCUACUGCCGCACCCGCCCCCGACGUCAACGACGAAGGAAGCAACGGCCAGUGCCAGAAUGUUGGGCAGCGCUGCAACUACAGCAUUCACCCGGCGCUCGCUUGUUGCCCCGGGCUCCAGUGCUACACCCCUCCCGGAUCUCCUCCUGGUGCCUAUGGAUACUGCCGCAAGAACUGA